AGCCCAAAGAAGCCCGCUGAUUUUUCCGGUAGACUGACGAUAUUGGAUAACGGCGUCGGCGAUGGCGAUGUUGAUGACAACCUGGAAUAAUCGCCGUCUCUUGGUAACGGUGACAACAAUCGGAGUGUUAUGGUUUACCUCAAUUGCUGCACCGAGAAAGACUAUAGCUGCUAAUUCUCCAUCAGCCUUCGUUCAAAACGCCAUCUACUCCAACAAAAUCAUAAUUUUCUCCAAAUCUUAUUGCCCAUACUCCUUACGUGCCAAGCAUAUAUUCAGUGAACUACACGAGCAGCCUUUUGUUGUGGAGCUUGAUCUUAGAGAUGAUGGAUAUCAAAUUCAAAAUGUUCUUCUGGAUCUGGUGGGCCGCCGUACAGUUCCUCAAAUAUUUGUGAAUGGAAAGCAUGUUGGUGGUUGUGAUGAUCUCCAGGCAGCUGUUCGAGAUGGUCAAUUGCAUAGUCUUCUUGGCAAUGGUUGACAAAAGGACUUGAAAUUGGAGGCUUGCGUUUUUAACUGUUAGGACCUGAAGGUGAUUUUGGGUGGUUAGACCCAAAUAAAAUUAAUGCGAGGUGGUUCGAUCUCUGCUGCUUUAUAAUUAGUAUUAAGUUUAAUUUCUGUUGAUCAAAAUCUCUCAUGAGAAUUGAAGCUACUUUGAGACAUUGGAAAUGUAACUGAUAUCAAUAAAAGAUUCUCAUUCUGUGCA